AUGACAGGCAGCCAUGGUUCACAAGCCCCCGUUGUUUUGGGCAUUUGUCUUGCAUUUGCGAUCCUGACAUUUAUAGUUUUGGUUUUGAGACUAUUUGCUCGGAUCUAUGUCCUGGGCAAGAUGGGUGUCGAUGACUAUCUUAUCAUUGGAGCAGCUCUUCUUGCUUGGGCAUUCAUUGGAGCUGUUAUUGCUGCUACCAAAAAUGGUCUUGGUCAACACAUCAAAUAUGUCGACGACAAUUUGCUCCUCAAAUACGCAUUUGCUGUCUGGUUGAGUUCCAUGUUUUACCUAGCAUGUCUUGGAUUCGUCAAGACAUCGGUCCUAUGGUUCUAUACUCGACUCGGGGACCGCUAUCUCACUCGAUUCUCCUGGUUCAUGAUAGGGGUCAUCAUUUGCCAGGCUGGCUCUUUUGUACUGGUUGCUGCCUUUCAAUGUACACCAGUCAGCGAGGCCUGGACGGGAACUGGCUCCGGAAAAUGCGUCAACAUUAACGUUUUCUAUCUCUGCAACGCCGCUCUUAAUAUCCUGACCGAUUUGUUAACAUACACCUUACCCCUGCGCGUCAUCUUCAAGCUCCAGAUGCCCAAAAAUCAGAAGGUCGCGCUAGGAUUUAUCCUCUGUCUGGGUCUCUUUGCCUGUGUCUCCUCCAUCAUCCGAAUCACCUAUAUCCCCGCCAUGCUCAGUUCCGCCGAUUACACCUACGCUAUCAGCGGCGCUAUGUACUGGUCCGUCAUUGAAACCAACGUCGGCAUCUUCGCCGCCUCAAUUCCAUCAUUCAAGGCCAUCGCUUCCCGCUUCCUUCCCCGCUUCAUCGGCGAAUAUAGCAGUGGGCGCAAGUAUGGUCCCUGGUCAGGCAACACCAAUGCUCGGAAAUACGGAUCUGGAUUCGCCAAGGUGACGGAUCCGAACCAGAUUACCAUGGGCACGAUGAACCAGGAUGAUGACAUUGCGAUGGGUACGCAGAUUGGGGCUGGAGACCGGGACAAUUCCAGUGAAGAUCGCAUUAUCAUUCCCGAAGGUAAGAUCUUCACUCAUACGGAGAUUGAGACGACAGUUGAGUCGUCUAGUGACUUCGAUUCGGCCCGUGAGCGGGCUCAUCGGUCGAACCGAGAGUUUUCAUAA